CAUAUGAUGUGGUUGUAGAUGUUGAGGGAUGUUCGUAAUUUAGCUCAGUACAGUUGGGGAGCGCUUGCCUUGCAUGGUUGUACAGAGAGUUAUGCAGGACAACCGACAGAGGUGCCAGUCAGAUUGGUGGGGUUUUGCUACUGGUUCAGUAUUGGGUAUGGUUCAAAUUCCUUUUUUUGUGUCCAAGGAAGGACCUCCCACCAGAUGAUGCAUAUGGCCUACCAUUUGUACCUUCUCCAUUGUCCAUUAAGACUGUGUGGGUCGUGAGCACGAAAAAUAGCCCCAAGAAAUCUGCCUGGUCUAGUACCGUCAGCUUUUAGAUUCUAUGCAUCCCAAGUGGUGUGGCAACCAUAUGAAGCUAAAUUAGCCCAUUUGCCUGCGUUCUAUAUCGCAGGAAGGGACAUAUGGACGGCGAGGGUGCCGCUUGUAUGUUUCUGGCUAGUAGAGAAACAUACACCGGAUCGUGUUCUUCAUUAGUUUGGGAUGGUACAAGAAAUCCCCCCAUAUGUUGAUACUGAAGACGCCCUUCAUGACAUAGACCUGAGGGAGAAGAUUGCGGUGAACUGGAGGGACAAACAUUAUGGCCAUAUCCAAGUGUGGAAUAGUCGAGUACGAUCUCUAUGUCAUGGAGUACGACUAGAGGGUGCUAUGUCGCCUGCUUAUCCAUACUUCAAUUGGUACGAUAGGGUGACUUGGAGGUUUGUCGACCACACUACCGCGUCACUUCUUAUUAUGGUUGCCAGUCACAAGCAGUUGUUGAUGCAUCAUGCAAUAGGUAGUCCUGAGUACAAGCAGAUUACAGCUGUAUUUAAGGCAGUAGAAUACCUUUGCCGUAUAACUGCCCAACUUCCCUUGGAAGAGACCGAUGGGGCAAAUCAAGAAGCGCCAGAAGAUACUGGACGACCAAGCACGAGCUCAACUCGUGCCAGCCUAGCCAUGGUCAGCGUGCUGCACCCCAUCAGGUUGUCAGUAGGCCGGGUCCCCCUCCACCUCCACAUGCACCAAAGUUCCCUCCACCCCACAUGCAUUUCCUGACCCAGAGAUUCCUCCACGUACUGCUCAUGCAGUUCCUGACUUAGAGAUCCUUCUACCCACUGCUCAUGCAUCUUUUCACCCCGAGAUCCCUUCACACACCCCACAUAUAUUUUUUGACUCCGCUCAUCUUUCAUUUGCCCUGCCAUCCUUUGAUAUCGGCUAUGAUUUCAGUCAGACCCCUCCUGUCAUGCACUCAAUCCCCCUCGUACAGCAUUGGUCAUAUAGACCAUAUAUCACCCCAUAGUCAGUCCAUGUCAUUCAUGCCCACUCCUGAACUACAUACAGAUCCCAUGACUACGGGCCGCACUCACAUUUCAUCUGCUACACCAUCCUCCCUCGCAGUUGUAGGAUCUUCAGUUUUUGGGAGUUAAGCAAAACAGCGAGAUGUGCAUGUUGAGAAUGAGCAGGUAGUUGGGUUACAGUCACCUCCACAAGGUCGACCUAAACGCACAACAAAAGCACCUCCUUGUGGGACAGGUGGUCACAAAGUAGGACACAAGGCUGGCCCCACGGUAUGACAAGUCAUUUAAUCAACGUGAGGAGUCUCACCAAGGAGAUGCAGUACCCCCUCCCCCACAUACCAAACACUAUACGAGACAGCAUAAGCGUAAAAUGCAUUAGGAUCAGCACCCCAUCUGAAUGUCUGAGGGAUUAAAAUACGAUGAUGUUGUUGAGGGAAAGGGUCCUAUAGCUGAAAAAGGAUCAACAGUUCAGGUGCACUUUGACUGCAUGUACCGUGGGAUUACAGCUGUGUCAAGUCGAGAAUCUAAACUCUUGGCUGGAAAUCGUAGUAUUGCCCAGCCAUAUGAAUUUAAAGUUGCAGCUCCUCCAGGCAAAGAAAGGAAACGUGACCUUGCAGACAACCCAAAUGGUCUGUUUUCUGCACAGGCUGCACCUAAACCCCCAGCAGCUAUGUACUCAAUAACUGAAGGGAUGAAAUUAGGGGGAAAGCGAACUGUGAUUAUUCCUCCAGAGGCUGGGUAUGGCCAAAAGGGAAUGAAUGAAAUCCCAGUUGCAGAGAUGGAAGCUAUUUUGCAACAACACAAUAAUACGAUGCCAUCACGUGAUGUCCUUGUGUCACUUGCAGAUAAGUUCAGUGAGUCACCGGAUCGUAAAGGCAAGAUUACAGUUCAAAUGAAGCAAGUUUGGAAUUGGUUCCAAAAUAGGCGAUAUGCUAUAAGGGCAAAACUAAGUAAAGCUCCUGGGAAGUUAAAUGUGUCUCCUAUGCCUCGGGAUGAUUCAACUCCAGUGAGAAAUGUGCCUCAGUCAAUUUCUGCCCCUCUACCGGCUCCUUCAGUGUUUCAGAGUUCAAACUUCUGCAAACUAUGUGAUAAAGGAGAGAGGUUGAAUGGGAAAAAUUUAGAGCUCCCCGAAGGAUCAGAAAGAAGGGAAUACAUAAUCGGGGAUUUAGGCUAUUCUUUACUUCCCUAUCUUAUCGUCCCCUAUGAAGGGAAAGAACUCCCUGAGUCAAGAGCUGAAUUCAAUAGGCGGCAUCAUGCCACUCAGAUGGUGGCGCACAGGGCAUUGGCAAGAUUCAAAGACGUGGAGAAUUAUUCAAGGAGUGAUGUGGAGGCCCGACAAACAUAGGUUGCCGAGGAUUAUUCUUGUUUGCUGCCUGCUUCAUAACAUUGUUAUUGAUAUGGAAGAUGAGGCGCAGGACGAAGUACCUUUCCAUUUCUGAUUUAUGAAUUAGUUGGUUAAAGAUUGCUGUCUUGUAAUUUAUGAGGAGCUUCUGGGUCAGGAUCUCCUGAAAAAUAUAAAGUCGAAUUCAUAUUUUAUUUGUUUUCGUCCUAAGUUGUAAAUUAUUUAAGGAAGACAGUGCAUUACUGGCAAAGACUCAAGAAGGAACCAGAUGACAGGCUGAGACAACCAAAGUGAGAGCUCGAGAUUUUGUAUUAGGAAAAAAAAAAAAAAAAAAAAACAAUUGCUCCAUUAUUGGACGUGUCCAAUAAAUGCUGGAGAGAUUUGGCACUCCCCAUGUAUUUUUAUUAUGACCAUCUCAUAUCUUUUUCUUUUUGAAUGUGAUGUUUCUGUUUCAA